AUGGCUACAAAUCUGACGCCCAACGAGCUGGCCCUGAACCACGACCCAUCCUCCUCACCGACGAACCUCCAGAUGUCCACCUCCCAGCUUUCCGAAAUUCUGGAAUCCAUCCAACGGACACGCCCGGUAGAGGAAGGAAGCUUCGCGAAAUGUUCAGGGCGCUUUGAUGGAAUCCAAUGCUACGCAAAGGUCGUUGAAUUUAUAACAACGACCUCCAUCUACAAAGACAUUGAGCAUAUCUCCGACGAAAACGCUCCCCGUGGACUACCCCUGCUCCUGCAAGGACACGCAGCCACGUGGUGGAGAGGCGUCCAAACCACGGUACGAACCUGGAGAGAAGCUGUGGAUCUGAUACGCGCUACCUUCGUGCCCCGAAGACCCGCGUAUCAGGUGUACACCGAGGUAUUUCGCACCGCCCAAGAUCCAAAGGUGCCCACCGAUCUCUUCAUCAGCAAGAAAAGAGCCCUUCUUGCGGAAUUACCAGAGCUGCCCACGGAAAGCGUCCAAAUAGAUAUGCUGUACGGCCUUCUACGCUUUCACCUACGGGAACGGAUUUCGGGGGAAUCCAUCACGUCUUUCACCGACCUCGUGAACCGCGCAAGGGAAAUUGAAAAGCUGGAAAAAGAGGCCCAGCAGCAAAAUCUAGAGGAACGACCCGUGAAGAAGGAUCAACGAUGA